UCGUAACAGACUCUCAACAUCAAUUUUCUUCACCACUACAACUACUACAAAAUCGCUUAAUGCAUUCAAAAUUUUAACUGCCUCACGCAACUUAGCAACUGUGACCGACAAGUCAUUCAUUCUCAAUAAACCACCACCUGCUCCAUAUGCCAACAUUGUUGAUAGACCAAUCGCCGCUGCAUUAAAAUUAAAAGACGGUCAAAUAUUUCAAGGAGUUUCAUUUGGUGCUCAAACUCCUGUUUCUGGUGAAGCUGUUUUCACCACUUCGUUGGUCGGAUAUCCUGAAUCAAUGACUGAUCCCUCGUACCGUGGCCAAAUAUUGGUGUUCACUCAACCAUUAAUCGGUAAUUACGGUGUUCCAGGAAUAUUCAAGGACCAAUAUGGUCUCUUGAAAUAUUUCGAAUCGGACCGAAUUCAGUGCAAGGCAAUAGUUGUCAAUGACUACGCGGAAAGAUAUUCACAUUGGACAGCGGUAGAAUCACUCGGUGAAUGGUGUGCUCGUCACGGUGUACCUGCUAUAUCAGGAGUAGACACUCGUGCCAUUGUUCAUAUUUUAAGAAAUAAAGGUUCCACUUUGGCUAAAUUGGUCGUUGGUGAAGAUGCAAAUACCCAUAACUUUUCAAAAAUUGAUUACGAAGACCCAAAUAAAAAAAAUUUGGUCCAAGAAGUUAGCACAGAGAUUCCUGUAUCGUACAAUCCAUUUGGCGAUAUUAAAAUAGCUGUUAUAGACUGUGGUAUAAAGACCAAUAUCUUGAGAUGCCUUGUCGAAAAGGGUGUCUCUGUCACUGUUCUUCCAUGGGACUUUGACUUUAAUAAAAUUUCCAACCAAUUUGAUGGUAUCUUCAUCAGCAAUGGCCCCGGUGAUCCAACCAAAGUCUUAAAAACAGUGGAGAAUCUUCGUAUAGCUUUAGACACAUAUAAAAAACCAAUCUUUGGAAUCUGUAUGGGAAAUCUGUUACUAGGAAUGGCUGCGGGUCUCCCCGUCUAUAAGCUCCGGUUCGGGAACAGAGGUCAUAAUGUUCCGGCUCUUAAUGUCAGAACCAACAAGUGUAUCAUCACAUCACAAAAUCAUGGUUAG